AUGGGGUUGCAAUAUGUCCACCACAAAGUGAUCGCAGCAUUCCUUCGCAGUCUUGUUCGGCCUCGACUUCACCUUAAUCCAAAGCCGGAUGAAGUUGUGUCGAUACCGAUUCGAGAUGCCGGUCAAUCCAUCAAAGCCAACAUCUACAAACCUAGCACCGAGAAGCAGAAGCCCAGUCCGGUGUUAGUGAACUUCUGUGGCAGUGGAUUUGUGCUUCCCACGUUCGGAAAUGACGAUGAGUUCUGUCGCUAUAUUGCCGACCAUACCGAUUACACAGUGAUCGAUGUGCAAUAUCGUCUCGCCCCAGAACACAUCUUCCCCGCAGCCUUCCAAGACGCCGAGGACGUCGUGAAAUGGGUUAGGUCACAACCAGAACGUUUCGACAUCGAUUGUCUAUCGCUCUCAGGCUUCAGUUCCGGAGCAAACAUUGCGCUCGCGGUGUCCUCAUCGUCUGCAAUUUUCUCGCUGGAGAACCAGAAUGACAAUCCAGACGUCUUCCGUGCUGUCUUGUCCUUUUAUGGUCCCACUGACUUGGCCCUGGAGACCCCAGAUAAGACUAUCGCCGAUCCAUCGAACUGGAUCAUGAGAAAGAUCUUCCCGGGAUUCUCGCGUCUUUGCCACAAGUGCUUUAACCCCGGCGUGGUCGACCCGGAAGAUCCUCGAAUGUCGCCUUCGUUCGUCGACCCCCUUAACUUCCCCGGGAAUGUCUUGAUCAUCACCGCCGCUCAAUGCGCAUUUGCGCUCGAAGGAGAGGAGCUCGCGACCAAACUCGAGUCUGCAGGCAAAUACGUGAAGUCUUGCAGAAUGGACGACUGUGCGCAUGGAUGGGACAAAGAAGCGGUUAGGGGGACGUCGCAGUGCAAAGCAAAAGAUGAUGCCUAUGCGAUGGCAGUGGAAAUGUUACAGCGAGGGAAGAACGAAGUAAAGACUUCCAACCCGAAGUGA